UUGGCAUAUUUGUUGCUGUCUUUGUGAAGAAAUAGCCUUGACCCAGUAAGAUAGGCAUCAUCGCCCCACCCAUUUGAGGCGACGUCAUGGUGUUAUUGCUUCAAUAUGUUUUUAGAAAAUUAAACGGGCUGGCACGUAGCCUACUGACGGAUUUCCUUAACGCGAACACAGCUUCCUAACUUUUCUUCGCCCGCAGUGAUCGAGGUGCUGGUAGACAGACAUUGGCUCUGAAAAUCUCAGAUCGGUCUUCAACAUGUCUGCCCCAGGCUACCCAUCUCCACACCAGCCUCCUUAUCCCAUGCCCCAGCUGGGUGGACACUCCAUGCCCCCCUAUCCCAUGGGAGGUUAUGGAGAUCCUGCACAGGCGGCCCCACCUGCAGGGUUCCAAGUAGGAUACCAGCCAGUUCCAGAUCAGCCAGUCAUGUAUCAGCCUGGUCCAGUUGGUCCAGUUAGUCCAGCAUCACACCAUGGCCAGCCAUAUGGAGCACCUGUCCCUGCACCAGUCUCAGUGCCUGCUGGAGUACCACCUGGUCUGGAGUACCUCACUCAGAUUGAUCAGAUCCUUAUUCAUCAGAAAGUGGAGUUGUUAGAGGCAAUCAUUGGCUUUGAGACCAACAACCAGUAUGAGAUCAAGAAUAGCCUCGGUCAAAAGAUUUAUUCUGCCAAAGAAAAAAAUGACUGCUGCACACGCAACUGCUGUGGAGCCCUGCGCAGCUUUGACAUGAAGAUCAAAGACAACGCCGAUCGAGAGGUCAUACGACUGAUCCGACCUUUCCGCUGUGUCUCCUGUUGGUGCCCCUGCUGCCUACAAGAGAUGGAGGUUCAGGCCCCCCCGGGAACUACUGUAGGGUAUGUGAAGCAGGACUGGCACCCCUGUUAUCCAAAAUUCUCCAUCCAGGGGCCAAACAAGGAGACUGUGAUGAAGAUUGAAGGGCCCUGCUUGGCAUGUAACUGCUGUGGGGAUGUGAACUUUGAGCUCAAAGGCAAAGACGGUACUGGGAAGCCUAUCGGUCGCAUUAGUAAGCAGUGGAGCGGCCUGUUAAAGGAAGUCUUUACUGACACUGACAACUUUGGCAUCCAGUUUCCAAUGGACAUGGAUGUGAAGAUGAAGGCUGUACUUAUGGGUGCUUGCUUCCUUGUUGAUUUCAUGUUCUUUGAAAAAGUUGGAGACACAAACCAACGUAAUACUGUAUUCUCUUAGAGCUCUUGCUAAGUUAGUAAGUUAGUGUUUUUUUUUUUUUUUUUUUUUUUUUUUUUUUUUUUUUUAUAACUGAUGAAAUGCUCACAUUUUGUCCUGUAUUUUCUUGGGUAACCAGUGAAAAACCAAGGGACAUGUUUAGUGUCAUUUUAUAGUGUUCAUGUGACCAGCAAUAUUUACAAUGAGAGGCGAGGUAUCAUGAGUAACUGUUCACUGAUGACUUUUAAACAAUCACAGCCUACAAUAAUUACAAAUGACUUGUCACAAUAGUACAAGCAACUAACACUUAUGUUUUUGUUAAACUUUUAUUUUUUUAUUAGAAGUAAACUUUAACAUGCAACCUAACACGUUUUUCUACAUUAUCUCAUAAAGUGUAUAUUUUUUUUCAGUCUUUUAGAAGGAAAUUCAGUUUUAUUGUGCUAAAUGCAAACCAUUUUGUUUAAAACAGUGGUUCUUAAUUCCAGUCCUUGAGUAACACCGCUCUGCACAUUUCGUAUGUAUCUUUUAUCACUUCAGACGCUUUUCUAUAUGACCUGAAGUCCCCUGUGAAGUGGACAUCAAAGGAUAUUCCGCCAUGAUUCCAGUUCGAAGGGAGCAUAUGUUCCAUUCAAAGGACAUUACAGUGUGCGAGACAUAAAUUUAAAUUGUAUAUUUAUAGAGGUAUAUUAUUUCACGCAAAAUAUGCAGAGCAGUGGUACGCAAGGACUGGAAUUGAGAACCACUGAGUCAAAACAUACGGAUGUUCGUGCAGCCAAGUAAUGCACGAUGGUGGGGGUUGCAUGCAAGUUAAUGACUCUGACAACAAGUGAAAAAAGGAGAAAACAAGGAAGUAGUUCAUGGUUUUCUGUGCGUAUAGACCAGUGACUUAAUAUGGGUAGAAUGCCAAUUUGUUACUAAUAGAUUAGUAAUUUAAUAGAUUAGUAAUUGUUGCAUAUAUAUAUAUAUAUAUAUAUAUAUAUAUCUUUUUGGAGAGCACUGGUCUAUAGAAUUUCUGUUUGUACACAAUCUGUCUGACUGUGGAUGGGUGGAGUCCAAACUCUUUAGAGAUGGAUUUGUAACCUUUUCUAGCCUGAUGAACAACAUCAGCGCUCUUUCUGAGGUCCUCAGAGAUCUCAUUUGUCGUGCCAUGAUACACUUCCACAAACAUGACCAAACUUUCAUAGAUCCCUGUUCUUUAAAUAAAACUCUGCACACAGUGACACCUGAUAGUCA